ACUAUCGAGUCUUCAUAUAUAGAGUAUCAGUUGCAUCGAUUGACUGCACAUGCAAGGAUUUGGCUAAAGCGUGAGGACUUAAAUCACACUGAAACGGGAGUCGGACAACAUGGCGUCGCAACUGCAACCGUCUGUGCUAAAUUUAAUUUGGAGUGCAUUGUUUAUAUGGAAAGUGAAGACGUUUGUCGGCAAGCUUUAAAUAUUUUUCGAAUGAGAUUAUUGGGUGCCACUGUAGUUUCUGUUGAUUCAGGUCAAAUUUUAGAGACACAUUGUAUUAGUGUUGGUUUAGAUUAUCCGGGGGUUGGACCAGAGCAUGCAUGUUUGAAAGAUAUUGGUCGUGCUGACUAUGUCAUGGUCACAGAUGCUCAGGCUUUAAAUGGAUUCCGAAAAAUGUCAUAA